GUCGUGCCAGUCUGGGCGAACCGACUUAAUAUUCCUGGCCUGGCCAUGGACGAACAGGCAGGCCCUGGUGUGUUUUUCAACAAUAACAACAACUCGGUAUUGCCGUGUGGUGGUAAAGGUCCACAACCGGGCGACGUUGGCGGUGGCGAAGCGGCCAGGGCUCAGUAUAGUAUUCCGGGGAUAUUGCACUUUCUGCAGCACGAAUGGGCCCGUUUUGAGGUAGAACGAGCGCAAUGGGAAGUGGAGCGAGCCGAACUGCAGGCUCAGAUUGCCUUCCUGCAGGGAGAGAGGAAAGGCCAGGAGAACCUGAAGAAGGACCUGGUGAGGAGGAUCAAGAUGCUGGAAUACGCCCUCAAACAAGAGAGGGCAAAAUACCAUAAGUUGAAAUAUGGAACUGAACUGAACCAGGGGGACAUGAGGCCCCCCAGUUAUGAUUCUGAUGAUGGCAACGAGAACGAGAACCUUCCAGAACCUCCUAACAGCCAGCUCAGUUGGAAACAGGGAAGACAGUUGCUAAGACAGUACCUGCAAGAAGUGGGCUACACUGACACCAUCCUGGAUGUGAAGUCUCAGAGGGUGAAGGCAUUGCUCGGCCUGACGGGGGACACUGGAGAGCGGCCGGGAGACAGGAAACCAGAGCCCAUGGUUAACGGCACAGAGCCCACCACACCAAAGGACAGCACAGCCAUGAUCAGUAAACCGGAAAUGUCGGACUCGGCCACUGUGCUGGAGGCCUUUAAAUUCAUCGAGAGUGCCGCAGCUGAGCUGAGCGAUGAGGAUGAGGAAGAAGACAGCGAGGGGAGGGAAAAGACAAUUAUCGACCUAGCUACGAUGGUGAGGAAGAAGGUGUCGGCUUCUCCGUCCUCUUCUUCCUCGGCAGAUAUGAGCGAUGAUCCGGACACGGAGGAGGCGCUGAAGGGCUUUGACUUCCUGGCCAGCUCUGAAGACAUGGAUUGUUCUCCAGAGACCCAGAGCACAGGAGAAUCUGGAGAAUGGGAAAAGGAUGAACAGUGGGACGUGGACCAGGGCCUGAUAUCUAAACUCAAGGAGCAGUACAGGAAGGAGCGCAAGGGCAAAAAGGGGGUGAAGAGGCCUAACCGGUCCAAACUGCAGGACAUGUUGGCUAAUUUAAGGGACGCAGAAGACCUGCCCUCAGUGCAACCCCCGGUGUCAGCCCCUGUCAGACCCAGCCUCCCCAGGCUGAACGAGCAUGAACUCGGACGCACGGACGAAGUGGAGGCCCUGACCUUCCCUCCCUCCUCGGGGAAGUCCUUUAUAAUGGGUGCAGACGAGGCUCUGGAGAGUGAGUUGGGCCUGGGGGAACUGGCUGGCCUGACAGUGGCCAAUGAGGCAGAGAGUCUGGGGUAUGAUAUCACCAAUAACAAGGACGCCCUGAGGAAGACAUGGAACCCCAAGUUUACUCUGAGGAGUCAUUUCGAUUCCAUCCGCAGCCUGGCCUUUCACCCCGUGGAGCCUGUCCUGGUCACGGCCUCAGAGGACCACACCCUGAAGAUGUGGAACCUCCAGAAGACUGCACCGACCAAAAAGUGUGCAGCAUUAGAUGUGGAGCCCAUUUAUACAUUCAGAGCUCAUCGGGGAGCAGUGUUGUGUGUGGUCAUGAGUUCCACUGGGGAGCAGUGCUUUAGUGGAGGAGUGGAUGGAACCAUUCAGAGCUGGAAUACGCCAAACCCCAACAUUGACCCCUAUGACUCAUACGAGCCUUCUGUCCUGAGAGGAGCACUGUGUGGUCAUACAGAUGCCGUGUGGGGAUUGGUCUAUAGCUCUGCCCAUCACCGCCUCCUGUCCUGUUCUGGAGAUGGAACAGUGCGGCUGUGGAAUGCUGCAGAUACCUCCCCCGCCCUUGCAAUCUUCAACGAAAACCAAGAGCUAGGCAUACCUUCAUCUGUAGACUUGGUAUGCAGUGAACCUGCUCAUAUGGUGACCUCCUUCACCAAUGGCAAAAUUGGCCUCUUCAACAUGGAGACACGUCAGCUCAUUCUGAAUCUGGAGUCCCAGUCUGCAGGGGAGCCCGAUGCCCCCUGUCAGAUCAACAAAGUGCUGAGUCACCCAACUCUGCCUAUCACCAUCACCGCACAGGAGGACCGCCACAUCCGUUUCUAUGACAACAACACAGGCAAACUGAUUCACUCCAUGGUCGCCCAUCUGGACGCUGUCACCAGUUUAGCAGUCGACCCUAAUGGACUUUAUCUCAUGUCUGGGAGUCAUGACUGCUCCAUCAGGCUUUGGAACAUGGAGAGUAAGACGUGUAUCCAGGAGUUCACUGCCCACAGGAAGAAAUUUGACGAAUCCAUAAACGAUGUGGCGUUCCACCCCACUAAAUGCUAUAUCGGCAGUGCUGGAGCAGACGCCCUGGCCAAGGUCUUCGUAUGACCGCAGACUUCUGCUCCGCUGCUUCCACGGACCAAUGGCAGAUGGGAACUAGACACGGACCCAGAGAGGGCACAGGAGACCCCCCGUCUCUCUGCGCGUCUCUCCAGACAACUCGCCGACUUAUAGUCCGGAAAGCUCUUUAGCUGGUUGACGUGCCAUUGGCUCUCUGUCUGGGAUGGGGAAAGGAACGGGGUUAACAGUUUGAGGGGAAGAGAGAAAGCAAAAGAGAGACAUGAGCGGGCUGACCUUAUUUUGAACUCCAUAACCUCCCACGCCAUAUAUCACAUACACCACAUCCCUCAUCCAGGCAGGCCUGGGAGUCUGAGGGAAACACAACCGCAUCAGAGCUGCCCUCAUACGAGGAGGUCUGGAGUAAUAUAUAUCACUAACCUACAGGGGGCGUGCCUGAGACCCAAGAUUCUGUGCUUAUGCCACUCUAGCCACUCCAUCUUCUGAGACCGUUCAGGAAAAGGGGGAAGAGUUGUGGGAAUCCAUGGAUAUGAAAAGAUACCAAACCUCUGGCCGACCUGGUUCCACCACAAGAGGCUUCUGAUGAUCCACACGUUGUUUUGGUUUGAUUUCAUUUAGCCUCGCAGGAGGUGAGGUGCUGCUCUUUUUCCUUUCUCUCUUUCCUUUCUAAAGAUGGUGUGUCUGCACCACGUGCCAGCUUUGGCCAUCCUGAUCACCACCUGGACCUUGUCCAACCAAGAAAACAGCCUGUCUCCGAUCUGUCAUUUUAAAAAUGUUUAUUGACCAUGUGCCUUUGCUUCUAAAUAGUCUUGCAGCAAUGUUUGUUUGUUCCCCCCCUCACACACUUUUGAUGGAUUUAGAAAUACAGGUUUGAGUUUAAAUCACCAGGUUAUUCACUUUGCAAAACGUUCACGGUAGGAUCAGUAGUGGUGUGUAGUAAUGAAGUGU